CAACGAAAUUAGGGUUUUGGAGGCUGUUAAAUUGGUAUUUCUGCGCAGCCCCUUUUCUCUUCCUUUCUCUACACACCCAUAACUCGAAAAUGGCUGUUGGAAAAAACAAGAGGAUUUCCAAGGGAAAGAAGGGUGGAAAGAAGAAAGCAGCUGAUCCAUUCUCAAAGAAAGAUUGGUAUGAUAUCAAGGCACCAUCACUGUUCACCACUAGAAAUGUCGGCAAAACCCUUGUUUCUCGUACUCAGGGUACUAAGAUUGCUUCUGAAGGUCUUAAACAUCGUGUGUUUGAGGUAUCUUUGGCUGACUUGCAAAAUGAUGAGGAUCAUGCAUACAGAAAGAUCCGUUUGAGAGCCGAGGAUGUUCAAGGAAAGAACGUCUUGACCAACUUUUGGGGUAUGGACUUCACUACCGACAAAUUGAGAUCUCUUGUAAAGAAAUGGCAGUCUUUGAUUGAGGCUCAUGUUGAUGUGAAGACAACUGACAACUAUACUUUGAGGAUGUUUUGCAUUGGCUUCACCAAGAAGCGUGCCAACCAGGUGAAGAGGACUUGCUAUGCUCAGUCAAGCCAGAUCAAACAGAUUCGUCGCAAAAUGAGGGAGAUAAUGGUAACCCAGGCACAAUCCUGUGACCUGAAAGAGCUGGUGCAGAAAUUCAUUCCAGAGUCAAUUGGCCGAGAGAUUGAGAAGGCUACUUCUAGCAUCUACCCUCUACAAAAUGUCUUUAUUCGCAAGGUUAAGAUCUUGAAGGCGCCAAAAUUUGAUAUCGGCAAAUUAAUGGAGGUUCAUGGUGAUUAUUCAGAAGACAUAGGUGUUAAGGUGGACAGGCCUGCAGAGGAGCCAGAGCCAGAAGUAACUGAGGUCAUCGGUGCUUGAACAAGAGAUGUAGUUCCGUUGGUGAUCCUCUUUUGCAUAAUUUCUUUUACCCCACAUGGAGUUUUGGGUGUCUGUUUUAAUGUGGAAUUUUGUAGUUAUAUUUUAUGAGGAUAUUUGAAGCUAUUAAAUACUUUCCCAUGCCUUUUAACUUACAUUAUUACUCAAAA